GGUGAUGUUUUCUUUUAUGUUACUUUCGGCUUGAUAAGAUGGAAUUUGAAACCGCUUCUUUGUACUCAUCGCUUUCCGCAGUGAACACACAUCUCGAAAUGCGUUACUGUUAGCUGAUGAUAAGCUGGCAAAUCGGUAUCUGACAAUUCUUACAUCGUACACAUUCUUUCUCUAGCUAUCACCCAUCAUUCUGUCAUCACAUUUCCAGCAGCUGACUUCAUUUCACUUUCACUGGGCCAUUCUACUAAACGAUUCUUGCAGUGGGUUGGGUAUAAAGGCUCUUUCUAUUUACAUACAUCAACUUACACAUUAGUGAGCACAUACACGCAUACAAACAUACACCACUUUAUACACUGGCACGGAAACACACACACACAUACACACACACACUCGUACACACGCACAACCCCUCUAAUUCCUUAGAAACGCUGGGACGAUUUCAACAUCCUGUAACAGUGAAACCAAUAUAAUAUAAACACACUUCUCAAUGCAGUCACUGAAGCUAAUGUCACGCUAACCAAGCUCUUUGCUAAACGUAUUUCCCUGAAACCAACCACUUCCGAAGAUUUCUAAAAUCACAUUUAACAUUUCUGUACGAUUUUAUCAACAAUUCACCAAAUUAUUCGAUUCAAGGCUGACGUUUUUAAUUUAAGUACUUGAAAAUGUCCGCAAAACUGUUGUUACUGUUGUGUAUUGGAGCCAGGGUUACCAUAUUUGUGGCAACAGAGGCCUGUUUCGUGAUGAAUGGUGAGGAUUCCUGGUUAUAUUUCAACUCUACAGUCAAAGGUGGAGAUGUUGCUCACUACAAGUUGAAGUUUGCUAGUAAAAAAGACAAUGGUUUGAUAUUUUAUGCCCAAGGAGAAAACAGAGAUUUUGAGGCCCUGUUUUUGAACAGAGGAAAACUAACAUAUUUCUUGUUUAAUCCCACUGAUUAUGGAACUGGCUCGACCUAUGGAGUAUAUAUUGAAUGUACUAAGAAGAUAUCAAAAAAUUAUGAACAUGACGUGGAGUUUUACCGAAAUGAAGAAUUUAAAACUGACGAAGGAAUUACUUAUUAUAAAUCUGGGAUAAAAUUGGAUGGUGUUGAAUUCAAGAAAAUAGGAUAUAGCGAAGGUGUUGAUAUUGAGCCUCAAUUCUUCCUUGGUGGAACCAAAGAAAACAUUACAACAGAGGUUCCGAAAUUCAAAGGGAUAAUUAAAAAUUUCAUUGAAGAGACAACUGGUCAAAUAUUUGAAAAAGCCACAUUUGAGCAAGAUAUACAAGCUUGUGAGAAAUCAUAAGAAAACUUUAUGAUGAAAGGGGAAAAUAUCUUGCCUGAAAAAUACAUUUAUCUCCAUUCACUGACACAAAGUUCAGUUUUAAUGAUUCAGGACUCAAAUCAUCAUCUAUUUUCAAACUACACUUUUGUAAUUCUCUCUUCUCUACUAUUACCAUAACUUCACUCCGGAUUAACACAUUAACAUAUUCAUCUUUCAAGCAUGCAAAACAGGGACCCAUAGCAGUCACUUUUUAAGGUUUUAUUUUCCUAAAAAUUGACUGGUUUGAAACAAAAAAUAAUAAUGAUAGUAACAACAACAGCAACAACAACAACAACAACAACAAUAAUGAUUUUAUAUUUUGG